ACUUUCAAAAAAAAAAAUUAAAUGUAUGAUUUACAUAAUUAUUAAUAAUUAAUUUGAAUACGAGAGUGAAAUUAUACUUCAGUGUUGGCACGCCUUAGACUACAGCUGAUGAUCUGUUAUACGUAUUAUGUACCUUCUUCUUGGCGCCAUGAUUUAACAUUUAUUUAUGGCACUAUGUUCUAUGUUUAUGCUGGGGAUGCAAUAAAAUAUUCCUUGAAUUGAAAUUCAUAUCAAUUCUCAUUAUUUUACGUGUACUUUAACCUUUUUAAUUGCGUUCAGUUUUUACUUCUGGAUAAGUUUUAUAACAUAUUUUCACUAUGCUUGAAGUUUAUGAAUUAAAAUGUUUCAUUCAAAAUUACUUAUGGGGAAAAAGGGGUUCCGAGAGUGAAGUCAGUCGUCUGAGUUUGGCUGGCCAACAUAUAGAAUCUAUUAAUGAAGAACAAUAUUACGCUGAAUUAUGGAUGGGUGCUCAUAGCAAAAGUCCUUCGAUACUUAAAAAUUCUGAGCAAAAACUCAGUGACUGGAUCAAUGACAAUGAAGAAAUAUUAGGAAAAUCAUCUAUUUUGAAAUUUGGUAAUAAAUUGCCAUUUUUAAUGAAAGUAUUAUCCAUAAAUUCUGCUCUUUCUAUCCAAGUACAUCCAUCAAAGGAUCGUGCUGAAGAACUGCAUAAGCAAUUUCCCGAAUUAUAUCCAGAUUCUAAUCACAAACCAGAAAUGGCUAUUGCACUGAGUAAUUUUGAAGGGCUUUGCGGUUUUCGCCCAUACUCUGAAAUUAAAUUUUUUUUGAAAGAAAUACCAGAAUUUCAAUUAAUGCUUGGAUAUGAUCUCAUUAGACAAUUUAAUGAUGACAUUAACAAUUCACAAAUUUUGUUAAAGGACAUAUUUUAUAAGUUAAUGACAUUAGAAAAAGAAAUUAUAAGCCAAAACGUAAAAAGUCAUAAAAGUAAACUACAAUCACUGUGUGAUGAUGAAAAAAAAAAGUUCUUAACAGUACUGUUUUAUCGACUUGAUUGUUGGUUUCCAAAUGAUGUGGGUUGUUUUUGCAUUUAUUUUCUAAAUUAUAUACAACUCUUACCAGGCCAAGCAAUCUAUUUAGGAGCUAAUGAACCUCAUGCUUACAUCCAUGGAGAUUGUAUUGAAUGUAUGGCUUGUUCUGAUAAUGUUAUAAGAGCUGGGCUGACUCCAAAGCAUAUUGAUGUAAAAACUUUAUGUAGUAUGUUAAAUUUUAAUGGUGCUCCUGUCGAAUCAAAGUUAUUUUACGGAAUUCAAGAAAAUUCUUAUACAACCCUUUUUAGGCCACCUGUACCUGAUUUUGCAGUUGCUCACAUUAAAGUUCCUGCAAAUAACAUCUAUACACUAUUAAAAAGAGAUGUUGCUUCUAUAAUCCUUAUUGUUCAUGGUCAAUGUAAAAUAGAAGAGUCAUCAGAUUUAAUCUUUUCAACAGGGAAAGUGUUCUUGAUACCAGCCAACAAAGUAGUUCAAUUACAUGUUGAAAUUGAAUUUUUAGAAUUAUUCCAAGCAUUUGUUAAUUUAUAAACCCCAUUUUAACGUGUUUGCUGUGUCUUCAAGGUAAUGGUAAAAUACUAAAAUUAGCAAAAUUGGCAUUAAAAAUAGUACAGAACUUAAAUAUCAAGAUUUAAAAAAAAAAUCAAUCAAACUAUAAUACCUAUAACUAUUUAUUAGUUCAAAAAAUAUUUAUUUAAAAAUCUAACUAUUUCAACCAUGCUAUCAUAUUUUAGUAGAUGUAUAUAAAAUAAUUCCAUUAUUGAUUGUAGUCAACAACCACAGCAAAUGUGUUUAAUAGUCAAUUGGCCAAUAGAUAAUUUUAGUCUAUGUUAAAUAAUUACAUUUCAGUGUGUUCUUUUACAUAUACAAUCAUUUUGUAUAGUAUUAAAUUCUUACUGCCAUUUUAUAUGACAUAAGUAUACCUACUCUAAAUUAUUACAUUUUAACUGUAUUAGUUGAAAAUUUUUUAAUUCUAUUCAA